GUACUGCUUUUCGUAAUUCCCUCGCCGUACGGCAAAACUCUGCGGACUGAUUGGUAUUUGGGACCACAUCUGCCUGCCCGAGCCUGCUGGUUUCUCUUCGAAACUCCUAAUCUGAUUUGGUGUGCCGUGGGUCUUGGACAAAGGAUGGCGUCUCGACAGUCACCCCACGCAGCGCCUGGAUGGCCACCAUGGCCCAACUUUAUUUUACUCGUCCUCUUCACCCUCCACUACACGCAACGCACUAUCCUAUACCCGCUACGUAUGACUACCCAAAGCCAACCCAUCCCUGCAUUAGUAGCUGCUUUGGCGAUUUUCUUCACCACCAUCAACGGCUACCUCCAAGUCAGUGGACUGCUCGAGUUCCAUCACCUUCCACCCGGAUACGGAACCAACCCCGUCUUCGGCGCCGGAGUCUGUCUCUUUCUCUACGGCGCCUCCAUCAAUUUACAAUCGGACGCUACGUUACGCCGACUGAAAGCUCAAGGAAAAGGCUACCAAAUUCCUCGUGGCGGCUGGUUCGAGCGCCUGUCGGCUCCCCACUAUUUUGGAGAGCUGCUGGAAUGGACCGGAUUCGGGAUCGCCGCUCGCGGAUCCCUCGCUACCGUCGCCUUUGUGAUCUUUACAGCGGCCAAUCUGAUCCCUCGGGGAGUUGCGCACCACGCAUGGUACCGAUCCAAGUUCCCCGACUAUCCUCGGCGCCGAUACGCUGUGCUACCGGGAACUUGGUGA